CACCGCUUCAUUGCCCACCGACAAAUUCCAAAACAUGAGCGAUUCCACACAAUAAGAAAUCAUAGAUUUUGCACUUUAAAGAAAGAUGAGAGCAAUUCCAACAUGGGUAGAUAAAGUACACGACAGGGAUAAAGUAGAACAAUGCAUCUGGGAUUUAUGUUUUAGACCAGAUGGAAGUCAGUUAAUUGUUGCUGCUGGGAACCGUGUCCUAGUUUAUGACACCAGUGAUGGUACCCUGAUACAGCCUCUAAAGGGUCACAAGGACACUGUGUAUUGUGUAGCUUAUGCCAGAGAUGGGAAGAGAUUUGCAUCAGGAUCCGCAGACAAAAGUGUCAUUAUAUGGACCAGUAAAUUAGAAGGAAUUUUAAAGUACACUCAUAAUGAUGCUAUACAGUGUUUAGCAUACAAUCCUGUAACACAUCAGUUAGCUAGUUGUGCUGUUAGUGACUUUGGUUUGUGGUCCCCUGAACAAAAGAAUGUGUCCAAACACAAAGUAAACAGUCGUAUAACUUGCUCUAGCUGGACUAAUGAUGGACAGUACCUAGCACUUGGGUUGUACAAUGGUCUGAUUAGUAUAAGAAAUAAGGGUGGUGAAGAAAAGGUGAAGAUUGAAAGGCCAUAUGCAGCAGGAAGCCCUGUAUGGUCUUUGGAAUGGAAUCCUAGCAGAAAAGGUGCUGUUACUCCCCACUCACAUUUCUCAAAGGAUGAACCAUAUGAUAUAUUGUCUGUUGCUGACUGGGGACAAAGAUUGUCUUUCUAUCAACUCUCUGGUAAACAGAUAGGAAAAGAUAGAUCACUUGGUUAUGACCCGUGUACACUAGGUUGGUUUUCUAAAGGAGAAUAUGUAGUAGUUGGAGGUUCCAACAAGCAGUGCUGUCUUCAUACCAGAGAGGGAGUUAAGCUGGGUGUUAUUGGAGAGCAGGAAUCAUGGGUGUGGUGUGCAGCAGUAAAACCCGAUUCCAAUUAUGUGGCGGUGGGUUGUCAGGACGGUACUAUAGCAUACUACCAGUUAAUAUUCAGUACAGUACAUGGUUUAUACAAAGACAGAUAUGCUUACAGAGAUAAUAUGACUGAUGUGAUCAUACAACAUCUAAUCACAGAACAGAAAGUAAGAAUUAAAUGUCGUGAUCUAGUGAAGAAAAUAGCUAUAUACAGACACAGACUAGCAGUUCAGUUACCAGACAAGAUAGUUAUAUAUGAACUCUAUUCUGAUGACUCAGCAGACAUGCAUUACAAAGUGAAAGAGAAAAUAAACAGGAAGUUUGAAUGUAACCUGCUGGUUGUGUGUUCACAAAAUAUCAUAUUAUGUCAGGACAAGAGAUUACAGUGUUACUCAUUCCAAGGUGUAAAGGAACGUGAAUGGAUGAUGGAGUCCUUGAUACGAUAUAUCAAGGUCAUUGGUGGUCCAUCUGGUCGUGAAGGCCUUCUGGUCGGGCUGAAAAAUGGACAGGAUGGCGGUAGCGAGAUAAUGAAGAUAUUUGUUGACAAUGCAUUCCCGAUCAUGUUACUUAAGCAGAGUACAUCUGUCAGAUGUUUGGAUAUGAGUGCUACCAGAACCAAGUUAGCUGUCGUUGAUGAACACAAUACAUGUCUUGUGUAUGAUCUCAACACUAAAGAUUUACUCUUCCAGGAGCCCAAUGCUAACAGUGUUGCCUGGAAUACUCACUAUGAAGACAUGUUAUGUUUCUCUGGGAAUGGUUUACUUAACAUCAAAGCUAGUAACUUUCCUGUACACCAACAGAAAUUACAGGGUUUUGUUGUUGGGUUUAGUGGAUCUAAGAUUUUCUGUCUCCACGUGUAUUCCAUGUCAUCUGUAGAUGUCCCUCAGUCAGCACCUAUGUAUCAGUACCUUGAAAAGAAACAUUUCAAGGAUGCAUAUAAAGUUGCUUGUUUAGGGGUAACAGAAGGAGAUUGGGAAGCAUUAGCUCACGAGGCCCUUGAAGGAUUAGAUUUUGAUACUGCAAAGAAAGCGUUCAUUAGGAUUAGAGACUUGAGAUAUUUAGAACUUAUACACAGUAUAGAGGAAAGGAAGAAGAGAGGAGAGAAUGACAACAUGAUAUUCCUUGCUGAUGUUUACAGUUACCAGACUAAGUUCCAUGAAGGAGCCAAGCUAUACAAAAAAGCUGGACAGGAACAAAGAGCUAUGAAUAUGUAUACAGAUCUCAGAAUGUUUGAUUUUGCUAAGGAAUACAUUGGUUCUGGAGAUCCAUUGGAUAAGAAGAUGUUGAUUACUAAACAGGCAGACUGGGCCAAGAGUAGCAAUGAACCUAAAGCAGCCGCGGAAAUGUACAUCUCAGCUGGAGAAUUCUGUAAAGCUAUUGAUAUUAUAGGGGACCAUGGCUGGGGUGACAUGUUGAUAGACUUAGCCAGGAAGUUAGACAAGGCAGACAGAGAGGCAUUAUCUAGAGCAGCCAUGUACCUAGCUAAGUUAGAGCAAUAUCCAUACGCUGCUGAAGUCUAUAGUAAGAUGGGAGACAUUAAAUCUCUCAUAUCACUCCAUGUAGAAGCUAAACACUGGGAAGAUGCAUUCACAUUGGUAGAGAAACAUCCAGAGUAUAAGGAGGAAGUUUAUGUUCCGUAUGCACAAUGGUUAGCAGAAAAUGACAAAUUUGAAGAGGCCCAGCAAGCCUUCCACAAAGCUGGACUUCAGACAGAGGCUGUGAAGGUGUUAGAACAGCUUACCCACAAUGCAGUGCUAGAGAGUCGAUUCAAUGAUGCUGGAUAUUACUUUUGGAAACUUUCCAUACAGUGCAUAGAUAUUGCUCGAGAGGAAUCAGAUAAAAGAGAAGAGAUGUUAGAGAAAUUCCAUGACUAUCAGAGAAGAGCAGACAUGUAUUUUGCUUACCAUUCUAUACAGCGGUAUACUGAUGAGCCUUUCACAUCACAUUUACCUGAAGCCUUAUUUAAUAUAUCCAGAUACCUUUUACAUAUGAUGCAGGGAGGAAUUCCUUAUGGUAUAUCCAAAGUUGGCACAUUAUAUGCUCUAGCCAAACAGAGUAAAAACUUAAAUGGAUUUAAACUGGCAAGAUAUGCUUAUGAGAAAUUACAUACACUGAGGAUUCCUAGCAGAUUUCAGGAGGCAGUGGAUCUAGGCAGUGUUAUUAUAAGAUCUAAACCAUUCCAGGAUGCUGAGGAACUAUUACCGAUGUGCUAUAGAUGUUCUACUACCAAUCCUUUGCUGAACAAUGGAGGAAAUUUCUGUAUCAACUGUAGACAGCCUUUUGUUCAUUCCUUUGUUUCAUUUGAGGUCUUACCAUUGGUUGAGUUUGUGAUAGAAGAAGGAAUCACGGAUGAAGAAGCUGUGCAAAUUUUAGAUUUAUCUAUACCUAAAGAGAAGAAAGAAGAGAAGAAAUGGCAUGAAAGUCGUAUGGGGCAGGCUCAAACAUUGCGACUUGGUGAUGAAGCAGAUGAACCAGAGGAGGAUGAUCCAUUCACAGCUAAACUACAUUCUUUUGAACAAGGAGGAACAGAAUUUAAGCCUGUUAGAGUUACACGAUCUGUACUCCAGUCAUUAUCAAGAUCUGAAGUUUACGUUCUAAAAUGGCCCAAACCUUUAAGAUACCAAUUCUUCAAGUCUUUACUACCUGAUGUUACAAUAACACAGUGUCCAUUCUGUCAUAAGUUGUUCCACACAGAUGAUUUUGAACUACAGUAUUUACAGAAAGGCCAUUGUCCAUUCUGCAGAAAUUCGCAGGAGGAUUAACCUAAGAUUAUGAAUUAUGUUGUUUUAAUUUAAUGUUAUAAACAUCUGCUAAUGUAUGUUUGAUUGUUUUCACAUUCUUGCAAAAAAGUGAAAUAAAUGAAAGAAUGACUCAUAACUAGGUAGCAGUUUUCUAAACAGAUUUGAUAUGAGAGGCUUGAUAUUCAUGUUUUAACAUGCACAAUAUUACUGUUACCUUAUCUUGAUUGUCAAUAUAGAAAGCAUGCAAACCAAUCAUUGCUGAACAACUUAAUGAUCAUGAAAGUAUUGGUGUACUCUUUAUUCCGUCCAUUUUAUAUUAGUUUUUAUUUGUUGUAUGACUGCCAUUCUAAACCAUGCUUUGUUUUUUUCUAAGGUUUAUGAUUGUUACAAAAUAAGUUUAUCUCAUUGACAUCAAUGUUUAUACUACAGAGAACAUGAAAUAUUAUUACGUAAAACAUUGAAUAACGUUUUGGAAAAGACUUUCUAUUACUGUUAUAUGUUGUACUUGACAAAAUUGUAUAAAAUAAGAAAAAAUUGUUCAUGUAGUUUUUAAGAGUAGUAUGAAGUAUUUGUUAUCAGUACAUCUGUGAUUUUCUAUCUGUAAAGUAUUUAUUUUUUAAGAUCUGAAAUGAAUGAGAAUAUGUUAAAUUAAACAAAUCUAUUCUUAA